AUGAUGUCCUACAUUAAGCAACCCCAUUACGCCAUGAACGGGUUAAACAUGUCUGGGAUGGACCUGCUACACACCACGGCUGGAUACCCAUUCUCUGUGUCUCUGGAUUUCUCAGCCACCCCACGAAAGCAGCGUCGCGAGCGAACCACCUUCACACGCACUCAGCUGGAUAUCCUGGAGGCCUUGUUCUCCAAGACCCGCUACCCCGACAUCUUCAUGAGGGAGGAGGUGGCCCUCAAGAUCAACCUCCCCGAGUCACGCGUACAGGUGUGGUUCAAAAACCGCCGCGCCAAGUGCCGCCAACAGCAGCAGCAGAGCAGCGGCCAGUCCAAGCCCCGCCCGCCCAAAAAGAAGGCGUCGCCUGCCCAGGACCAGCCCGGCGCCGGCCCAGACCCCUCAGCCAACAACCCCUCUGGUUCCUACAGCCCCUCCCCAGCCCCAUCGGGCCCCUCCCUGCCGCCCAGCGGCAACAACCCUGGCAACGCAGCCGUCUCCAUCUGGAGCCCGGCCAUCUCACCACUCCCUGACCCUCUGGCCUCUUCGGCGCCCUGUAUGCAGCGGCCCUCUGCCUACCCGAUGAGCUACGGCCAGCCGCAGGCCUACGCCCAGGGCUAUGCCCAGGGCUAUGCCGGCACCUCCUCCUACUUCACGGGCCUGGACUGCAGCGCCUACCUGUCGCCCAUGCAUUCACAGCUGUCGGCUAGCGGUGCCCUCAGCCCCAUCACCGUGCCCUCAAUGGGGGGUUCACUGAGCCAGUCACCCGCCUCGCUCUCCUCCCAGGGCUACGGCACGGCCGCCUCGCUGGGCUUCACCUCCGUCGAUUGCCUGGACUACAAAGACCAGCAGGCCUGGAAGCUGGGCUUCAGCACCAUGGACUGCCUGGACCACAAAGACCAGAAUUCCUGGAAGUUCCAGGUGCUGUAG